AUGGUUAGAAUCAAAAUGAAGGCCACCGACGGACCAGGCAUGUGGAGGAAACUCGGGUUACCUAGACCCAUUCCCUCCAACAGCGACGAAGAAGCAAUGGAAAACCCUCCACCCAUCCCAAGAAACAUUGACACAGAACCGGCCGCUGGACCAGAGACAAGGCGCUCCGACUCGCCAGACGUCCAGACUUAUCGCCGGCGCAAAAGGGCGAUGAUGAUCGAGCCACCACCUUCCUCUCCGACAGUCGCAAUGGAAACCCAGGCAGGCGAAACGCCUCAAGAAGACACCCUUUCUGCUAGCCGCGGCCAGAAACGGCCAAGAAUGCCGUCACCACCUCCACCGCCGAGCCCAGAGCAAGAACCAGAGACUCCCAUUGCCACACAUCCUGCAGGUCACGAAGAAAGUGGUUUGCCAAAUAGUUUGCCCAGUGAUUUGCUCAGUGAUUUACCCAGCGAUUUGCCCAAACCAAUCCACCCUGAUCACAUCACUCAGGCCCUAACAUUCAACAAAGUUUCUGAGCGUGCCAGGCUAGACAGAGUCUCUUCCCUGCCCUACCACCCAGGUCCCAUCAUACCACGCCAUGAGCGUGUGUUCAGAAGGAGGACAGCCAACCAGCUCACCACCACCCAGCAGACUGCCCAUACAGAUACCCCAGCAGAAUCAGAACAGAAAAUACAAGAAGAAGCACCUCCAGCAACCCCCCAGUAG